AUGGGAGCCCGAUUGCACCUUCCAGGAGUUGCUAGCACCUUACUCGCUGUGGCCCUUGGCAUUUUGACCCUCCUGCCUCAUAUUGUUCUGGCUAAGCCCACGGAGGAAGAAAGCACAGGCAGUUCACCACUGCUCCAGAGGGCAAAGCGAAGCUGGGUGUGGAACCAGUUCUUUGUUCUAGAGGAGUACACUGGACUGGAGCCACUUUAUAUUGGAAAGCUCCACUCAGACAUGGAUAAAGGGGAUGGCUCCAUUAAAUACAUCCUGACGGGUGAGGGUGCGGGCACAACCUUCACCAUCGACGACAGCACUGGGGACAUCCACGCCAUUCAGAGGCUGGACCGGGAGGUGAAGGCCCAGUAUAUCCUCCGUGCUCAGGCCCGCAACCGCCUGACAGACAGGCCUCUGGAGCCCGAGUCCCAGUUCAUUGUCAAGAUCCAGGACAUCAAUGACAAUGAGCCAAGGUUUCUGGAUGGACCCUACCAGGCCAGUGUACCUGAAAUGUCUAAAAUAGGAACAUCUGUGAUCCAGCUAACCGCUACAGAUGCCGAUGACCCCACAUAUGGCAACAGUGCCCGUGUGGUCUACAGCAUCCUGGAGGGCCAACCUUACUUCUCAGUGGAUGCCAAGACCGGCAUGGUUCGCGUCUCACUGGCAGACAUGGACCGGGAGACCAGAGAAAACUACACUGUGGUCAUCCAGGCCAAGGACAUGGGUGGCCAGCUGGGGGGGCUCGCUGGCACCACUACCAUCAAAAUCACCCUCAGUGAUGUCAAUGACAACCCGCCCAUGUUUGACCAGAGGCUGUAUCAGAUGAGCAUCCCGGAGUCAGCAUCUGUGGGUUCAGUGGUGGGUCGUAUAUGGGCGAAGGACAGGGACAUCGGGGUCAACGCUGAGAUGAAGUACAGCAUUAUUGAUGGAGAUGGAAGGGACACCUUUGACAUCAGCACUGACCCUACCAACCUUUUUGGCAUCAUCACGGUGAAAAAGCCACUGGACUUUGAGGGCAAGCCCAGUUACACUCUGAAGGUGGAGGGCGCCAACACCAACCUGGACCCUGCCUUUCGCCACCGCGGGCCCUUCAAGGACGUCACCAUCGUGCAUGUGAGUGUAAAGGACGAGGACGAGCCCCCACUGUUCGACUCGCCGGCUUACUACAUUGAGCUGCCAGAGGACGCUGAGCUUGGGACAGUGGUGAAGAUGGUGUCAGCGAGGGAUCCUGAUGCUGCCAACAAUACUGUGAGGUAUGCCAUCGAGAGGUCUAGUGACCCUGAGAAGUACUUCUACAUUGAUAUCACUUCCGGGACACUGAUGACGCAGCAUUUCCUGGACAGAGAGAAGAUUGGAUGGCACAAUAUCACUGUCCUGGCCAUGGAGAUGAAUAACCCCGAACAGAUCGCCAGUUCAUCGGUGGUUGUGAAGGUCCUGGAUGUGAAUGAUAAUCCUCCCUCGCUGACGCAUUACCUGGAAGCUUAUGUCUGUGAAAAUGCCAAAGCAGGACAGCUGAUCCAGACGGUGACAGCUCUUGAUUCAGAUGAGCCGUUGGGCGGACAACACUUCUACUACAGCUUGACUCCAGAAGCUGCCAACAACCCCAACUUCACCCUGAGAGACAACCAAGACAACACAGCGUGGAUCCUGACUCGGCGCGGAGGCUGGUCGCAGCAGGACCAGACCGUCUUCUAUUUGCCCAUCUCCAUCUCUGACGGUGAGCAGCCGGUCCAGACCAGCACCAGCACACUGACCAUCCGUGUGUGCAGCUGUGACCAGGAGGGCAACGUCAUGUCAUGCAAUGCUGAAGCCUACAGUCUGCCUGCCAGCCUCAGCAGAGGAGCCCUCAUCGCCAUCUUGGCCUGCAUCUUUGUCCUGCUGGUGAUGAUUCUGCUCAUGCUUUCCCUGCGGACCCAUCGUAAGAAGCCCUACCUGUGUGACGAGGAAGAGAAUGUGCACGAGAACAUCGUUCGGUACGAUGAUGAAGGUGGCGGCGAGGAGGACACUGAGGCCUUUGACAUCGCCGCCAUGUGGAACCCGCGAGAAGCACACCACCACCUGGGCAAGAUGAGGCAAGAUAUGCUGCCAGAGAUCGAAAGUCUCUCCCGCUACGUCCCUCAGGCCUGUGUUAUGGGUGGCGGCGGGGAUAGUAACGUUCACGGAUACGUCCUGGCGAAGCUUCUGGAGGCUGACAUGGACCAGUGCGCCCCACCUUACGACUCUCUGCAGACCUAUGCCUACGAAGGGGAAGGUUCAAUUGCAGAGUCGCUCAGCUCGCUCCAGUCAGGGACAUCUAACACUGACCACGAGUACGACUAUCUCAACGAUUGGGGACCUCGUUUCAAAAAACUUGCCGAGAUGUACGGCGUGCUGGAGACAAACAGUCCUCCAAUGUGGUAG